AGAAUAGCCCGUCUGUAGUUCCUUAUUUUUCAACAGGCACAUUGCAGACGCCUUGGUGUCCUCUGAAGGACCCCUCAUAAUUCCAGCAUGGCGGCGUCCAUACGGGUGUGCUGUGCCCUCCGCAUCACAGUCGGAGGAGCAGCACCCCUCCGUACCGUAGUGGGAGCAGUUCAUUAUUCCCAGUUUGCCAGUCGAGUCUCUGCUGCCUCUCUCCAAAGAAACCCUGCACCCCCACUGUUCCCUGCAACAGCAUGGCAGCAAACCAGGCAUAACAGCUUCUUCAAUAAGUUGACGGCCGACGAGUUGUGGAGAGGUGUGCUGGCAGAUUCGGGUGCUGGAAGCAAGAAGGGCAGAGGGAAGAGAACCAAACGCAAACUGAGGAGAGACCUGAACCGAGGACAGUACCUCGGAGAAGGUCGUGGAGGUUUCCUGUGGCCUGGUCUUAAUAUUCCGAUUCACAGGGAUGGCACUGUGCAGAACAUGGCUCAAAGAGGCAAGAGUGAGCAGGAGGAGAAGCGGGCUGAGCUAGUGCGUCAUAGGGAUGAAUGGGAGAAGAGGAGGAGGACGAAGAUCAAGAAGGAAAGAGGAUGGACGGGAAGCUCCUGGGGGGGCACCAGCCUGGGUCCCCCAGACCCUGGACCCAACGGAGAAACCUAUCAGGACUUUGAUUCACGUGUCAUUGAGGUGAAGACUGUGUUCAACAUGACGGCCAAGGAGGGCAGGAAGAGGUCCAUCAGCGCUCUGGUUGCUGUGGGUAAUGGCAACGGAGCUGCAGGCUUUGCUUUGGGGAAAGCAGCAGACAGACACACAGCUCUCAGGAAGGCCAAGAACAGAGCCAUCCACUACUUGUACUAUAUCGAACGAUACAACAACCACACCAUUUAUCAUGACAUUCAGUCCAAGUUCAAGAGGACCACACUCCGCAUGAACAAACAAAAUGAAGGUUAUGGGCUGCACUGUCACCGUGCAGUCAUCACUAUGUGCAAGCUGAUCGGCAUAAAGGACAUGUACUGCAAAGUAGACGGAUCUAUCAAUCUCCUCAACAUCACCAGGGCCCUCUUCACUGGAUUAGCCACUCAGAAAACUCACCAGAUGCUGGCUGACCAGAAGCACCUCCAUGUCGUCGAGUUUCAGGCACAGAAAGGUCCGCUGCCCAAGGUGGUGGCGAGUCCGAAAGACGGUGCACGACCCGACCCGGAACACGAAGACGAGAUCCCCAACACCAAGCUGCACUGGGACGAUGUACGGGCUGCACAGGGAGCCAAAGGUUCACCUUGGGCGGGUAUCAAACGUACCAUCUGGUAGCGUGGGAGUCAUGGCUCAAUCAGACCACAAGACAGCUGAUAGGACUGAUAGAGGCUAUAAUUUUCAAAAAAGUGGUCUGAUUUUCAGCUUUGCCAAGAAAGGCUGAAAAGAAGAAAAAUAACAUAAUAACAGUUUUUGUUAAUAAUUGCAAAAACUAGAAGAUCUUUCUGUCAUCCGAGGACUAAAGUAACAUGUUUCACCAACUGAAGACGUCUCGUUUGAUAACACAAUUCUUCAGACACACAUACAGGCCAAUAAUAUUACCAUCCUAGAUAUUGUUUUCUUUAUAAAUGUAAAAAAAUUGACUCUAUCCAUGUGGAAUUGUUGUACAAAACAUACUUACACAAUAAAAUAUGGAUCUCGAAACGUG